CCGACAUCAAAGCCACAAUAAAAUAGAAAAUCUUUUCUCGAAGAUCCUUCACAUUCUCUCAAGGCAGACACCAUUCCCGUGGACCUUCAGCUAAGAAUAUCCGGGCUCCCCACGUCCAAGUGCCCACCGUCGUCAUCGGUCCUGCUGACUCAGUUCCGCCCGGACACAGCAGAGAGCAGUGCCAACACGCAGCCUUCCCUGAUCAUCGCCUGAGAUAACUGCCGUUCGUCAAGACAAAUCGCAGCACUUCUUUUCGAAAUACCUUCUUCCAUUCUCGUCUUCCUUUUCCCUCGCCAUCCACCCAUACUCUCGUGCAAGCCGGUGUUGCCACAAACCCAUUUCAGCCUCACGCCGGUUGUCCUCCCCCGUCCCCGCAUCUAGUGGCUGAACCUCCGACUGCUGCAAUAUUGUGCUUGAUACUCUCGGUUUUAGAAGAGACUUUGACUCGGGUUCAUCGCGACAAGGGAUUUUAGUACACCCUUUGGAGGUUUCUUUGGCAGAGGCGUGACUGAACUGCCUAGCUCGAGCUCAGAGUUGGUGCCUGACAGACCUAUCGAUUACGAUACUACACGUGCUGCAUACAUCCCGUGACAAUUUCGUUCGGCUUUGCUGGGGGGAAAUACCGUGGCAAUGUUUCGCGCGCAACAGAAUGCUUUUGAUGAUGCCGUCGCAAAGGCGACGGAUGAGAAUCUGACAUCUGAGAAUUGGGAAUACAUUCUGGAUGUCUGUGAUAAGGUCGGUGCGGAAGAGUCGGGGGCGAAAGAGGCUGUCGCUGCUAUGAUCAAGAGGCUGGCGCAUAGGAAUGCCAACGUGCAGCUUUAUACUUUGGAGCUCGGCAAUUCGCUGUCGCAAAACUGUGGUCCCAAGAUCCAUCGCGAGCUGGCCUCGAGGAGCUUUACCGAUGCGCUCUUGCGCUUGGCAGCUGAUCGUAACACACAUCAACAAGUCAAGUCGAAAAUCCUCGAACGGAUGCAGGAUUGGACGGAGAUGUUUGCUUCAAACCCGGAUUUUGGCAUCAUGGAACAGGCGUAUAUGAAGUUGAAGACUCAAAACCCCAAUUUGCAGCCGCCGUCGAAGCCCGUCAAGAGUGCAAUGACCGAUGUUGACCGACAGAAAGAAGAAGAGGAAUUGCAAAUGGCGCUUGCACUCUCCAUUAAGGAUAAGAACCCACCACCAGGCCCAGCACCUCAAGCCGAGUCGUCCACUGCGGCUGCUGCAUCUACAUCCGCCGCAGCCCCAACGAACACAGCCGAAGCUGCUGUGGCCCAGCCCGUUCCCUCGGGCACAUCCGCGGCCACCGUCUCGCGCGUCAGAGCUCUGUUUGACUUCCAGCCCUCGGAGCCCGGAGAGCUUCAAUUCCGGAAAGGCGAUAUCAUUGCGGUCUUGGAAUCGGUGUACAAGGAUUGGUGGAAGGGCUCUUUACGUGGGCAGACGGGUAUCUUCCCUCUGAACUAUGUAGAAAAGCUUCCCGACCCGACCGUGGAAGAGCUACACCGAGAGGCCCAGAUGGAAGGCGAGGUCUUUGGCCAGAUUAAGAAUGUCGAGAAGCUCCUGACUCUGCUAAGCACUCGAAGCGCGGACUUGAAUGUUCAGGAGAACGAGGAGAUUACCACCCUUUAUCACUCCACGUUGGCCAUUCGCCCCAAACUGAUUGAGCUUAUUGGGAAGUACUCACAGAAAAAAGAUGAGUUCACUCAAUUGAAUGAGAAAUUCAUCAAGGCGCGCCGUGACUACGAGUCGUUGUUGGAGGCUUCAAUGGCUCAUCCACCACAAGCUCAGUACGGACGUCCUGGUCAGCCGCCAUAUGGGUAUCCUGGCGCCGCCCCUGUUGGAUACCCCCAAGGUCCCCCUCAAGGUGCUCCCCAGCCGGAACAGCGAUACUUUAGCCCUCGACCCCAAGACACGCCCACCCCGCAGGCACAGCCCAAUGCGUACUACGGUGCGGAGCAGUCAAUGCCUUACCGACCUGCAUCUCAUUCCCCCGAUCCUCGCACUCAGUACCCAGGUGGAACUCAACCGCUAUCGCAGCCGCUGGUUCAGCAGCAGCCCCCUCAGUCCGACAUCUACCAGCCUGUACACCACCGCCCUCAGUCUACAUAUGAUUCACCGCAAGAACUUGGAACAUCGGUCUAUGACUCGCCCGUGGAUCAUCCAAACGCUGCCAACCAACGUCCCCCCUACCCUCCCUCUGGUCAAGCUCCUCCAAGUGCCCACCAGCAAUUCCAGCAACAGCAGCAGCAACAACAACAAGACUACUCGCCAUCCGUCUAUUCCCCCGAUGACCCCGUGCAGCUGCAAUCUGCGUCUGGAAUGCCCCAGCAACCCCCGCAUCAGUAUCCCCAGCAGCAACAGGCACAGCAAGCUCCCUACCCAACCUCCCCACCACACCAACAAGCCCCACCGUCACAUCAACCACCCCCUGUCCCGGGUGGUGCUUCCCAGCCUACCCAGUACGCCGCCUUCAAUCCAGCGCCCUCGGCCCCACCAACCGGAGAAUACCAGGCAUACCAGCCCUCGCAGGCCGGCGUACCUGCCUCAAACCCUGCUUCCUUUUACAGAUAAAACAUGGCCUUGCGAUUCCUAUCUUAAUUGCCGUUGAUUGAUACCUCGACACCAAUGGAUUGAAAAUGUCCGUUAUACUUCCUUUCCUUUUGCCUGCGGGGGUUCUGGAUGAGGGUUGAUUUCUGCGUUUCUCUUUUCUCUUACUGGGCCUUUUUGUUGUAUUUAGCCGAAUGAUGACAGACGGUCCAAGUGGUUUGCCAGUACAUAUGCUUCUUAUACCUAGGGAUGUUUAGCAAUAUGAUUGAUUUGCUAGUUUAGCC